AUGGGCACAGACUCCGAGCCCCCGGCCGGCGCUCAUCUGCUCUCGCUCGCCGACGUGGGGGCCCUAGGCUUCGAUUGCGCGCUCAAGCCCAUCACCACGCCGACGUCCGGAGCCCCGCCGGACCUCAACACUCCGGUGGCGACGUCAGACCUGCCCGCGUUCUUCCCGAGUCUUCUGGAGCCGCCGCCGAUUUCAGGUACUUUGCCCGGCGAUGAGCUCUCACUAGGAUGUUCUCCGCGACGACACAAGCACGAGUCGUCGCUUUCGCCCGGCGCACGCGCAGAGGACGCCAGCAACGCGUCUAGCGCCAGCGCCUCCCUCUACGGCCCCCCCUUAGGCGCCAAGCGCGCACCCUCACCGCCGCUACAGUGGCUGCUGCCCUCCGGCCCGGGCCCCGGCAGCGUCGACAAGUACUUCCAGCAGGAGUACGAGGAACGCGUCGAACUUCUGCCCCCCGAAUGCCAACAGGCCUACUGCCCGCAACAAUGCGCCCCGCAGCACUGCGAGUACCGGCCGCCGCCGCAGCCGCAGCCUCCUCAGCAGCACACCUGGGAGACGCAGGAGUACGUCGCCCCGCCGCAGCCGACCCCUGGCCCUUCGGGGAUGCCCAAGCGCGAGCCCUACCCGAGCCCGGCCGGCGACCGGCCCGUGCAGCUGGCCGAGUACAACCCCUCGACGAGCAAGGGACACGAGAUCCUCUCGCAGGUGUACCAGCAGAGCGCGCAACCCCUGCGGUUGAUGCCGGUGAAACCGCGCAAAUACCCGAACCGCCCGAGCAAGACGCCCGUGCACGAACGGCCCUACGCUUGUCCCGUGGAGGGCUGCGACCGGCGCUUCUCCAGGUCGGACGAGCUAACGAGGCACAUCCGCAUCCACACGGGCCAGAAACCGUUCCAGUGCCGCAUCUGCAUGCGCUCGUUCAGCCGCUCGGACCACCUGACCACGCACGUGCGCACGCACACGGGCGAGAAGCCGUUCGCGUGCGACGUAUGCGGGCGCAAGUUCGCGCGCUCCGAUGAGAAGAAGCGCCACGCGAAGGUGCACCUCAAGCAGCGACUGAAGCGCGAGCGCGCCGGGCCCUCGCACGAGCACGGGCACGCGCCACUCUAG